AUGACCGGAAUCACUACCCGCGCACGCGCCAGGGAGGCCGCCGCGUUCUUGGACCUGAGACUGGGACAGUUGAACGUUUCAUCUCCGGAUGAAGUGCGCAGAGCGGCGUACCUGUGCACCUGUUGUCCGCGUUACGCUCUCGACAUCGACUCUCUUGAAGUGAACCUCGCGCCGAAGGAGCUCAACAGCAUCAUCGGGCAUCUGCGUCACAUUGUUCGGCGCGCCGUCAACCUCUCCAAUCUAACCUUCGCUGUGGAGUGCCUUACCGCGACUGCUGAGGCUCGUAUCUUCCGCGGUCUACAAAUCCAGAGGCUCUACACGAUGUCGAUCCCUCCAUCUUCGUAUGCCACAAUGAGGCAACAUGGCCGGGAGCUACCGGACGGUCCCCACCUACCUCCCAUCCAUCUUGAUUCCAUUGCCGGGCCCGUUUCCUACGUUGCGGAUGCACUAUCUCGCUGUAAUAACCCCUUUCCGGAGAUCGGGCUCACGGACGAUAUCCACUCUACGGCAUUGACGAGGCUCCGAGGAUAUUCGGUCAACUUCGAUAUCAGAAAGCUCACGAUCGACCUCUCGCCAUAUGAGUGCUCUGCUGCGCGAGACCUGCCUGAGUGCUUUCCACAACUUCAAUGCUUCAAUAUCACGGAAAAGUCCACCUGCGUCUUCAAUUGGAUGGAUGACGUAACGUGGCGAGUUAUAUUGUAUUCGUGGAACAGAUUGAGGCGGGUCAAGAUCACCGUCUCCUCGCGUCCGUCUAUCAUUGUCGCAAGGCAUUGGUUUCAAGGAACAGCACACGAUCACCCGACCUUGAUAGACGUAGAGGUGGCGACGUCGAACGGAUUGAUGGUGACGUGGUUUCAUGUAGCCUUACUCAAAUCCAUGGUAGCGGGCGGCAGCGCUUCGAGGAAAAAGGGCAGGCAGGUCGCCGGGGCCUGUGGGCCAGCCUCUACAACGACGACGGUGGUUGAACAGUCCUUGCUGCGGCAAAAAGCGAAUCCCGCGCUGGAUGUUGGGCGGCCUUCCUGGAUUAUGACAGUCCGUAUCAGACAAAAUUGUCGACGCUUCUGCUUUGGUUUUCUGAACUUCAACAUUCGAAUCCGACCUCGUGAUAUCCUCGGCCAUGGCAAGCUCCCAACACAUGCCGUACAUCUGCGAAGGACGACGCAGACGCAAGGAAGCCGCUACCGGCGCGAGCUGCUUUGA